AUGGGGGUUCACCUGUCGAAACUCCUCGUCGACAUUACUAGAGAGAUCCGUAGCGCAGAAGGCGCGCUUCAAAGGGCUCAAGACUCGUCAAGGAGCUCCUUUGAGCGUCUGACGACAGCUAGACGCAAUUUGAAAGAUGCGGAAUAUGAGAAAGAUGGAUACCAACAGGAUGAGAAUGACUGCAAGAAUAACCUUCCAAAUCUGCAGAGCUUGGUCCCAAGGGUACAGGAGCUUACCAGACUCCUGGAUGAUCUCUUCUGGCAGAUGAAUGCUGAGUACGAGAAGAUCGUCAAGGAUAGGAAGAUCAUCGAACGGACUUGGGUGGCUAUUAGAACGCUUGACUACCACGUCAGCACCAACGAUGUCGACACCUCUCGCGAUGACAUUCUACGCCAUGUGGUUCAGUUGAUUCACAUGAGAGUGGAACAAGUGGAUAAGGAUCCGGAUGUCCAGCGUUUCAAAGAGAACAUCGAGAGACGGAUGCGUGAAGCACUGGGCGAGGCUCUGGUGGAAGAGCUCCACCAGGAGAGGAAAUUCCUCCUAAUGGAAGAUGUCGACUUUUAG